AUCGACAUCCAGCCUGCAGACUAUUAAACGUCAACAAUGACAGUACGGUUUUCUCAGACUUGCAGCUAAUGAAGAAAACAUGAUCUACGCCGGGUUUCGGACACGGGUUUCGGUGAAGGGCUCCGGCGUUAAAGUUCCUCGCAAUUUCCGGCUCCUGGAAGAGCUGGAGGAAGGCCAGAAAGGUGUAGGAGAUGGGACAGUGAGUUGGGGUCUGGAGGAUGACGAGGACAUGACCUUAACACGAUGGAGAGGAGUGAUCCUUGGUCCUCCAAGGACAAGCUAUGAGAACAGGAUGUACAAUCUGAAGGUUGAAUGUGGGCCAGAAUACCCAGAGUUACCACCUUACGUCAGAUUUGUGACAAAGAUAAACUUGAAUGGCGUUCACACCUCCAGCGGUGUGGUUGACAUGCAUGCGGUGACUGCACUGGCCAAGUGGCAGAACUCCUACAGUAUCCAGAUGGUGCUGCUGGAGCUGCGACGGCUCAUGACGUGCAAGGAAAACAUGAAGCUUCCUCAGCCACCUGAGGGCCAGAUCUACACCAACUGAGCCCCUGAUACUUUUACCUCCAUCUUUUUCUCCUUCCCACCACCCACCACCCACCCCCACUCCCACCUCUUAUGUUUUGCUUUCAUCCCUUUAUCCCCAUCCUGCGCCAUGUGACAUUCCACCUCCUGCUGACACCUUGGCUGAGCACACACACACACACACACACACACACACACACACACACAUACACAUAUACAUAUAGACCACUUACACACACACACACAGCAGAAGUUAAGUAUAAAAUAACAGACACAUAAAAACACACAGCAGACCUAGUUUACCACAACAGAUACAGGCAAACAUACACAAACACACACGCGCAUAUAUCUCGUAUACACACACUUACUGAGUGUUCAUGAAAGUCAUUCCAGGCACUGGCCCCCUUCCUCUCCCAUCACUGGAGCUCUGGGUGGACUCGAUGUGACGAGGCAGGCGGAGUCCUCAGUCCACACCAGAUCCGAUCAUUCGAAUACUGUACAUGUCACUAACCUUUUUUUAUUAUUAUUUGUUAAAAAUGCAGAUUGUACAAUAACAUAAAUAAUCUUAUUGAGUGUACCUCCUUUUGUGUGUUGCCUUUUUGUAACAUUGAAAAACAGCCACUUAACAUAAUUGCACAUUGUUUACUUAAACGUGUGGUUGCUGUUGGUUACAAGUUCUUUCAAGGUGUACAUAUGAAACCCAAAAUCCCAUCUAACUUGGCAAAUAAUGUUAAAUAUGUCGUGUCAUGUGGCCAGAUGUCUAAUGAACUAUUUCCUUCAGUGUGUGUUGAUAUGGGCUUGCACAGAAUAUGACUGCAGCUCAGCAAGGUGCCUGGAAGUGGUCACACAUUGCUUUCCCUCCCUUCUAUGUAAGAGUUGUCCAAAGUGAACAUUGUGUACAAUAUCUAUACCACUAUAUCUGAUUUUAGUGUGCAUUAGUAGCAUAGAAUGCAAAUCUACUGUAGGUCUGCAGAAGUCAAACCAUGCUUGAAAAAAGAAGUGAAAUCAGCUACCUCUUUUUGUCCUGUGUAACGUCCAGGGAGUUAUCUGACUUGUGAAACUGUCUUUGCUACUUUAUGUGACAAUUUGUUUUACUUUCUCCACUUCUUUCAUAAAUCUUAAUUCAUGCUUCUCAUGCAGUUGUGUCGUCGUAGAUCACUACGUUUUAGAGCUCAAGGGUUACAGGUCUUAUGGAGGUAUUUCUACAUAAUUUGCUUCAUGUACAGUUGUUUAUCUGGUAACUUCUGCCCUCGAAUGACGAGCAGAUUCAGCAGAAAUGUGAUGCAAGCACUUUUAGAGAUCACUUGAAGUCAUAGUUCAACAAUAUGUCUGUUCCAUUGAGGUUUAUUCACUUUCUUCUAGAGUUAAACUUGUCUAUAAACAAUAGAUGAUGUUAGAGCCAGCAUGUGGUUAGUGUAGCUUAGCAUAAAGCCUGGAAAUCAAAUAAAUCUAAAGCUUUUUAAUUAA